UUCCAUUGUUACUCCUUCUCUGAGGUUAUUUGAUGAUUCGUGUUGUCCAAAUAUUUUACUUCCGUUAGUUAAAAUCUACGACCAUUCUCUUUGUCUUUUCAAUGUUCUUUUUGUUCCAUCUUUGUUUUCAUGUAGGAACAGAGUCCUUGUUCUCACCGAUUACCUACGUCGUCUCGUUCGCAUGUUCAGUUGUGCUGGUUGCAGGUUGUUCGCUUGACUGAACAAAGAGCAUAUCUACAAGAGCUUCUUGAUAUAAAGGACGGCUCAAACUCCUACAAUCAAUCCAGAUCAACACGCUUCUCCGACACUACACUCAUAUCAACAACUGCAGAUACUGUUUGAAUUCACUGCAACAGAACUCUUAACAAUAUCAACCAUCAUGUCUUCUCACAGCCGAAACACCAGUGGAAGCAGCCACUCUUCUCUCCAUCUCCCUACCCCCAUUGAGCUAGAAGAGGAUCACACAUUCUCCAAAGCCUCUGCCUACCCUAUCGAUCACACAGACUACGAGCCUUGUCGCAAGAGGAUCAUAAACACUAGCUUUGGCGCCCGUCAGGUCAUCCGUUUCAUUAACCAUCUAGAGACCCAUGACCCUGCCCAGCACGAUGCUGCGGUGCAGAGGCUUCUCGAGAUAGGUGUUGAUGUAAAUGACCUGGUGCGUCUUUCUGAGCGUCGUGCUGAAGUUCCUUGGGAGGAGACUUGGCCGUAUAACUGGGAGAAGAAGCAGGGUUUGGUGUUGGGAUAUAUGAAGAGGAACUUGCCGCGUUGGAUUGCUAUUAUGAAGAAGAAGGAGGCUCAGGAGGCUGCCGAAGCUAUGGGUGAAACUGUUGAGGCCCAGGAUUCAACUGAUGAUACCAUCAUUGACGAGAUGGCUGAGACUGAAGCUACCCAGGAGGACGAGGUUAGUCCGGAAGAACAGGUUGAGGAAGGCAUCGAUGUCAAGGAGACCAAAGGCUCACCAGCUAAGGAUGAAGAUAUCCAUGCCGAGGCGCGUCCUCUUAAAGGUUCUAUGAAUCUGAGGGAGUUAAUUGCGUCCUAUCGCAAGGCCCAUGCGGAGCAGAAGCGUGCUGAUCGGAUGCAAAACAAGAUGGAGAUGGGUGGCUAAAGGCAGAGAGCUGGAUAGUUUGUUAUUUUCAUCUCGUUUCCUGUCUAUGGUUGGCGUUCGGAGUUUGGAUGUUAACUUCUCGAGACUUAGAUAAAAUACUGGGUAUUCCCUUUUGUUUUAGAUUGCAAUUGAAGACUCCUCGGUGAUAUGUGUGUGGGCUUGAGCUUAACGUUGCAGUCUAUAAGUAAUGUGAAUAUCGACUUACCUUCGUAUAAAUGCUAUAAGAAGAGGUUAAAAUAUGCUCUUGUAAUUAACAGCUGCUCUGGUUAUGGAAGAAACCUAACAAGCAAUGGCAGUAAGGCCUUUUGAAACGAUCAGACCUUUUGUUGAAUGGCAGCAUAGCGUACCGUUGUUUUACCAAGAGACGUGAAAA